CAAUUUGUAUCUAGCGCCACUGCAGCUGUCGAGUCAGCCAUUGGUGCCUAUUGGGUCGGAAAAUGGCAGGCUAUGUGUUUCCCUCAACGCGGUUGCGGCAAAGUUCCCAUUUCCCCACGCUUGUCAUUCCUCAUUACUAGAUUGGGAGACGCUGCUCGGUGUAACCUAGUCCGCAGGAUAUGCGCUCGGCCCGUCUUCCCCCCCUACCCGAUUUCUUUCAGGAUAACAAGUCAGAAUAGCACGAUAGCAUAAAAGCCAGGAGAUGGUGUUAGCCUUUCCCACCACCGGCGUUUCUUCUGUUUUGUUUCUGUAUUCUUGUCCUGUCAUCUUCUUUGUUUACAGGAUUACUUCUCUUCUGUGCAUGUUAUUCAUGCGGAAAUAAUAUCGGCAAACACCAGUCCAGCAUGAGUAACCCCGUCGAACCCAAAAUGGCGGAAUCCAAAGCGCAGGACGACGCUCCACAGGUCGAGAAGGAGGUUCAGGUAGAGAAUGCUGACGAUAAUAACGUUGACGAGAAGGCGGAUCAUACACUCGACGAGAAGGCGGAUUAUAAACUUGAUGAGAAGGCGAAGAUCGCCGAUUAUAAGGCGGAUGCCAUCGAAGCAGAGAACGCGGAGCAUAAUAUGACGGUGCUCGAGGCCGUUCGAGCAUAUCCCAUGGCUUCCUUUUGGGCGUUCAUUAUGUCCUUCACAAUUAUCAUGGAGUCGUACGAUGUCUUUCUCUGCAACAAUUUCCUCGCCCUAGGUGCCUUUAGGGCAAAGUAUGGUGACCCUGUCGAUGACAACCCAUUGAACAACGUCGUUGCCACCAAAUGGCAGUCGGCACUUUCUGUGUCUGGGCAGCUCGGUGCGCUUGUUGGCGUCUGCCUCGCUGGCUCUCUCACCAGUUGGUUGGGAUACCGCUAUGCAACAUUGACUGGCCUGAUGCUCUUGAACGUCUUCAUCUUCGCCUUUUACUAUGCAGAAUCAAUGCCUGUAAUUUUCGCGGCCCAAAUUCUCGAGGGCAUUCCUUGGGGCAUCUUUAUUGCCAAUGCGCCGGCGUACUGUAGCGAGAUCGUGCCUAUCCAGCUGCGAGCCCCUUGCACCCAAAUGUUGCAGAUGUUCUGGGCUAUUGGCAGUAUUAUUGUUGGUGCUGUAACCUACAGUUACCAGGGUCUUGACAGCCCUUUGUCCUAUAAGGUCCCGAUUGCCCUUCAAUGGAUGUUUCCCACUCCGCUUGCCAUCCUAAUCUUCUUCGCUCCUGAGUCGCCCUGGUGGCUCGUUCGAAAGGGGCGACUGCAAGAAGCAGAGCAUGCCGUUGGUCGCCUUGGGCGGAGGUCCAGGCUUAACACUGGUGAGACCGUCGCCAUGAUGCGUCGUGUUGUCGAGCUUGAGGCCACCUCUAAGCCGCCUAGCUACGUUGAAUUAUUCAAGGGCACGGAUCUCUAUCGCACUCUUAUUGUGUGUGGCGUGUACGCGGCCCAGAACCUCACGGGUAACCUCAUCGCCAACCAGGCAGUUUACUUUUUUGAGCAGGCCGGCAUGAGCAAUAAAACUGCCUUUGCUCUAGGUCUUAUCACCUCGGCAUUGCAGAUGAUCUUUGUUAUGCUCUCUUGGAUUCUCACUACGUACUUUGGCCGGCGUACCAUCUAUCUCUGGGGAUCAGCUAUCAAUGUCAUCUUUCUCAUCGCUCUCGGUGUCGCAGGAUCUGUCGGAAAAAGUAAUGCGAGCUCUCUAGCCCAGGCCUCCUUGGGCCUCAUCAUCUCUGUGCUCUUUACCUUGGGACCUGCCCCGGCCUCCUGGGUCAUUAUUGGUGAAACAUCGGCCAUUCGCCUUAGGCCACUGACUACUGGAGUGGGCCGCGCUUCGUACUACAUCAUAGAAUUUCCUUGCAUCUUCUUGGCAAGCUGGAUGCUCAACCCUGAGGGUGGAAACCUCGCUGGCAGAUGUGGCUACGUCUGGGCUUCUACAGGUUUAGUCUGCUACAUACUGGCAUAUUUCUUCUUGCCUGAGAUGAAGCAUCGGUCCUACCGCGAAAUUGAUAUCCUGUUCAAGCGUAAAGUUCCGGCUCGACAGUGGACAAAGACCACCAUCGAUGUCGAUGACGAUGAGUAAAUGGAGGUGUAAUGCAUUUAGUUAAGAAGGUCCACGAUAUUAUUUGAGACAGGACUUAAUGUCGGCGAGUAAGGAAUAAAGCAUACAGCGCAGUUACAUUUACCCCAUAUUAUCAGCUAAUGCAAACACCUUAGAAUUCGGUUCCAACUUCAACUAGCUAAUGGGUGAUAAUUUGCAGCUGCUGAGAAGCUGUGUAGUAUAUAGGGUUUGCACCAAAACAUGAGAAAAUAUUAAAAGUUGCAAACAGG